AAUAAAGAAAAUUAUAUUAUUUGACACAUUAACUCGUAGUCAUAUUUUCGCCUUAAUGAUUGCAUAAAAUUACAAUUGGUUAUUUAUAUAGCGUUAACACAUUAAAGCUUUUCAUCAUCCCUAGUUUUAUAAUGGUUUAUGUCAACAAUGGACUACAGAUAUAUUUGAUGAAAUUUGAACAAUUUUGAUGAACAAUUGAAUUUUAAAGUACUAAUAGUUUACAUUGCUAAUAAUAAAUAACUAGAUUGGAUAUAGUAGAAUUCUAUAAACAAAUAUGAAGUAUAUAAAAUUGUAACUAAAAUCAAGAUUCUGUCAAUUAUUUGAUCAAAAAUAAUAAUUAGUGGAUAUAUACUUAUAUAUUAUUAUUUUUAUAAAAAUCAAAACAUUAGUUUAUUUCCACACUAUCUAUGAAGUAAAACUCCCAGCGCUAUUUUUUUCGUUGUUUCUUCUGUAGGACUAGUUUUCUUAAUAUUGUAUUAUUAAUAUUACAAUAGAAAUGAUAUAUAAUAUAAUAAUGAGAAUAAUUAUAAAAAAAGAAAUAUAUAUAUGUAUAUAUAUACUUAAAUAUUAUAUAAAUUAUUUACAUCCUACAUUAUAUAUGAUAAUGAUAAUUUCUAAUAAUUAAAGAAAAAAUAUAUUUAAAAGAACAAACUACAAUAUAGCCAAUUUACUUGCUGUUAUACAAGAAUCUCUGUCCUCUCUUGAGUAUAUUCCGCAUGUUAUUUCGCGUGAUUGUUUUUCUUGCGAAUUUUCAAGAAAUCAUAUCUUCUCAUAAUAAACAUUGAAGCUUUCUCUUUUUGAAUAUGUUAAAUUAAAAAAUGAGUACUUUUGAUAAUUUUACAAUUGUUUAAACAAUGUAUGAUAUACACAGAAUACAAUAAUCUAAUAUUUAAACAAUAAUCUAGUUAUUUAAACAUCACAUAUCUCGUAAAAUGCGUUAAAUAUAAAAUAAUUUCAAUUUAAUAUUUCAAUUGAGUUAAAUCUUGUUCUUCAGAUCGAUAAAUACAUUUAAUAUCAACAAAACCAAACAAACGUUUAAUUAACUCUGAUGCUAUGUUACGUGCUAGAGGAUUAUAACCUACACAAGCUUAUAUGCAAUGAAAACACGUGGGAACAAUGUUUCUCUAGUGCGUUUGUAGUUAAUAUUUGGCCAUAUUUGUCGCUGAAGUCUUAUACGCUAAGGACAAAAGGCGGUGAAUAACCUUAAUGUUUACAUUUUAUUAAAAAUUUGUCGAUUUCAAAUAUGGAUAGUGAUAAUGAUUCUGAUGGAGCUAAUAUUUUGAAUGAUCUUUUAUCAAACAGUGAUAUAGAAGAAAAUGAAUCUACAAAAACGAAAACUAUUAAAGAAAUGGACUAUAAUUUUUUGGAUUCUAUAUCUAAUAGUACAUGUAUUGACAAAGUAAAUAAUAGUAAGUGCAACACUAGUAAUCAGAAGGCAAAUAAUAGUGAAAAUAUUGAUGAACUUUUUGGUGACAAUAUUGAUUCUUCAGAUGAUGAAGACAAACGUUAUUUUGAAAAACAAAAGUAUUCUGAAUAUGGACGUAAUGUAAAACUUUUAUUAAAGAAAGAUGAAGUAAAAAAGAAAGAUAUUUCUGCAACAUAUGAAAGAGAUAGUAGAUCACUUUCUGUUAAAAGUAUUACAUCGAACAAUAAUGUUAAAAAUUUAUCACCCGUGCAAAAUAAUGUGUACAGUGAUCCUUUUUUUGGAAUAAGAAUUGUUAAUCCACUUAUAUCUUCUAAACAAAUGAGAGAACAAAUGAACGGUAAAUCAGCUAUAACAAUCUCAAAAAUUAAAACAUGUAUAGCAUCAGGUACAUUGUCUAAUGAUUGGGUAAUAGCUGGAGUAUUAAUUAACAAAUCACCUACUAAAACUUCACAAAAAGGCUCAUCAUAUAGUAUAUGGAAAAUUAGUGAUUUAUCUGAAAACAUGACUACAGUUUCUAUUUUUUUAUUUAGUGCUGCUUAUAAAACAUUUUGGAAAACUACUCUUGGUACUGUAAUUGGUAUUCUUAAUCCAAAUAUUCUAGAAUCUAAGGAUUACAUUGAUCAGGCAACAUUGUCUAUUGAUACUCCUCAAAAAAUGUUGAUCAUUGGAAAAUCAAAAGAUAUGGGAAAAUGCAAAUCAACAAAGAAAAAUGGAGAACCAUGUACUUCUAUUGUAAAUAUUAACCGAUGUGAAUUCUGUAUAUAUCAUGUCAAACAAGAAUAUAAAAAAUGUUCUAAACGAGCAGAUUUAGGAUCAAAUAAUAAUAGUGUUCGUGGAUUUUCAUCAGAUCUUCCUAAAAGUAAAUCUCAACAAACAUCACGAAUUUUUAAUAGUAAUGGUAUGCAACCAUUUGUUCCAAUUCGUGCACAGGAAAGUGACAGAUUACGUACACAUGAUCAAAAACGUUUAGCUCUUCUUUCUGAAACACAUUAUGAUAGAUCUAAAUCUAUUGAAAAUAACAAAGAAAUAAAAAAAGGAAUCAUUUCUGUAGAAUUACAACAUAAUCAAACAGCAAAAGAUUAUGAAAGAAUAAAUAAAUUAAAAGUUUGGAAUAGUAAUAAACAAUUAAAAAUGGAAUUAGUACCAUCAUCUUCACAAUCUACAAGUACUGGAAAUAAAAAUCUUAUUAUUACAGAAAAUAAAGAAAAAAAAAUGAUAAAUACAGGAAUAUCCUUAUUAUCAACGCCACGUUUAGGUAUAGGUUGCAAUAAUGGUAAAAUUGAUUUUUCUCAACCUAUUACUAAGAGACAAAUUGAUAUUGCGAAAAGAAAUGCUAUUAAAUGGGUUCAACAAAAUGGUAUAAUUAAGCCUAAAGAUCCAAAUAAAAUAAGUUUGGAAAAGAACGAAAAAAGGGGUACCAAACGUACAAGGGAAAUUAAUGAACACAUAGAAGAAACACAAGAAUCAAAAAAGUCUAAUUUUUUACCAAAUAAUUUUAAGGAAUUAAUGGAAACUAAAUCUAUGCAUGUAGAUCUCAUAGAAAAAUCAUAUGAAGAAGAAAAAGAAAAAUAUUUCAAUAAAUUGGAAAUGACGGAAAAAAUGGAAAAAAAGAUGUUAUCAACCUUUAAAAUAGAGUGCAAAGCUGUAAUAUGUUUAAUAUGUAAAUACACUGCAUUUUCAAGUUCAGACUUUUGUAAAAAACAAAAACAUCCAAUUCGUGUAAUAAAUGCUAUUAAGAGAUUCUUUAAAUGUUCAGAUUGUGGUAACAGAACAAUUAGUCUUGAAAAACUACCUCUGCAUAGUUGCACAAAAUGUAACAGUUCAAACUGGUUACAAGCUGCAAUGAUGGAUGAAAGAAAAACUAAUAUUAUUACAACAAAUUUAUCUUUGCGUGGUGGUGAAGAAAAGUUCUUAGGAUCAUCAUUGACAAAUGCUGAUUUAAAUCUCUUAGUCCCAAAAACAGAUUAGUAAAUAUAAACUCUAAAAAUUAAAAAUAGUAUCAAUAGAUGUAUAGAAAAAUUACAAUAUGUUUUUAACAUUUUUAUAUACAUAUGUAUUAAAAUUCGAUUUUUGGAAAUAUUUACAUAUUUUUUAUAUAAUGACAAGAUAUAUUCUAAAUAAACAUCAAUAUGAGUCAAC